AUGGCACCUCCACCCAUCAUAUACCGUGUCGCGCGAGGACGUCUUCUACUCUCUGGCAGGGAUGACGGGACGAAUCGCAUGUUUGUGGGAUACUCCAAGAUCGUCACGCACCAAGAACGAGAUGCAUGCGUUCCCCUCUGGUAUUUCUGGUACUCGACGGAGCAUGCCGGAAUAAUGUCGCGUCUAUACGAUGGUCCCGGUCAAGCCGCCAGACUACUCCAGACCGAGUAUCCAAUCGACCUGAACACUACGCCAAUUGAAUUCGCACGAGUCCUGACGAAGGGCUUGAAGAAGCACGCCCGGCAGCUUGGGACGAUCCAAUUUGGCCCGCCCACAAUGUUGGAUCAGGUCUUAAAGGUGCAGCUGGGGUCAAUCCCCCCAGAUCUCGUCGAUAGGCGCUCAACAUCCAACAAGGACGCGCAACCAUCCAGUACUCCAGCAACCGACGUCGUCGUAUGCUCAUCGGCUACACCGAGCCAGAUCCAACCAUCGGUGAACGCAAGGAAGUCUGGGCUUCGUAGAUUCUAUCGCGCAGAGGGUGGCAAGCGUCUCAACUGGAAUAAGAUCGGCCUGAACAUGAACACCGUAUCGGAUAAGCUGGUCGGUUUCGAGGACAACGAACCAGCAGAGAAUGUGAAGGAGAAUGCGAGGUUUUCGUGA